GAGGAGGAGGAGGAGGAGGAGGAGGGCUGCAGAGGCGGAGGGAUCUGCGCACCAGAGCCAUCCAAGCAGGCAAAGUUUGGCUGGGGGUUGGACUUUCCUUCCCGGAGGCGGCACCCAAACAGCUACCCCGUGCGGAAACCCAAACUUUCUACUGCCACUCGGAGUCUCGCGGCCGCCGCCUCCGCCCCGCGCGCCCGGGGCCUGCCCGUCAGUCUGUCCGUCCGCGUGGAGCCGCUCGGGCGCCGCCGUGCUCCGGAUCCCCGCAGCUGCAGCGCCGCUGUCCUGGCCCGGACGCCCGGGCAAGUUCUCUAGAGUUAGACGCGAAGUUCGGGCGCGGCGCGGGCCGAGCUGCCCCUCUGCGUCCCGGCGUCCCCAGUGCGCCCAGCCCCGCCGGGGGCGCCGGUGACCCUCCCGUGCCAGCCAUGUCGUCCAUCCUGCCCUUCACCCCCCCGAUCGUGAAGCGCCUGCUGGGCUGGAAGAAGGGCGAGCAGAACGGGCAGGAGGAGAAGUGGUGCGAGAAGGCGGUCAAGAGCUUGGUGAAGAAGCUCAAGAAGACGGGGCAGCUGGACGAGUUGGAGAAGGCCAUCACCACGCAGAACGUGAACACCAAGUGCAUUACCAUCCCCAGGUCACUGGAUGGCCGGCUGCAGGUGUCCCACCGGAAGGGGCUGCCCCACGUUAUCUACUGCCGCCUGUGGCGAUGGCCCGACCUGCACAGCCACCAUGAGCUGCGGGCCAUGGAGCUGUGUGAGUUCGCCUUCAACAUGAAGAAGGAUGAAGUGUGCGUAAACCCUUACCACUAUCAGAGAGUAGAGACACCAGUUCUUCCUCCAGUGUUGGUGCCCCGCCACACCGAGAUCCCAACCGAGUUCCCCCCGCUGGACGACUACAGCCAUUCCAUCCCCGAGAACACUAACUUCCCCGCCGGCAUUGAGCCCCAGAGCAAUAUUCCAGAAACCCCACCUCCUGGCUACCUGAGUGAAGAUGGAGAAACCAGUGACCACCAGAUGAACCACAGCAUGGACGCAGGCUCUCCAAACCUCUCCCCGAAUCCGAUGUCCCCAGCACACAAUAAUUUGGACCUCCAGCCAGUCACGUACUGUGAGCCGGCCUUCUGGUGCUCCAUCUCCUACUACGAGCUGAACCAGCGUGUUGGGGAGACGUUCCACGCGUCACAGCCUUCCAUGACAGUGGACGGCUUCACUGAUCCCUCCAACUCGGAGCGCUUCUGCUUGGGCCUGCUGUCCAAUGUCAAUCGGAACGCAGCGGUGGAGCUCACAAGAAGGCACAUCGGGAGAGGCGUGCGGCUCUACUACAUCGGAGGGGAGGUCUUUGCGGAGUGCCUCAGUGACAGUGCUAUUUUUGUCCAGUCUCCCAACUGCAACCAGCGCUAUGGCUGGCACCCUGCCACUGUCUGCAAGAUCCCCCCAGGCUGCAACUUGAAGAUCUUCAACAACCAGGAAUUUGCCGCCCUCCUGGCUCAGUCCGUCAACCAAGGCUUUGAGGCAGUCUACCAGCUGACUCGGAUGUGCACCAUCAGAAUGAGCUUUGUCAAAGGCUGGGGAGCGGAGUACAGGAGACAAACAGUGACCAGCACCCCCUGCUGGAUCGAGCUGCACCUGAACGGGCCCUUGCAGUGGCUUGACAAGGUCCUCACCCAGAUGGGAUCCCCCAGCAUCCGCUGUUCCAGUGUGUCCUAGAGACGCUGGGAGUGACGGGAGUGGGUAGGGGGCGGGCUUGGGGAAUAUGGCCUUGGAAGAGAACUCCGUCAACCUGUUCUUGUCAAAGGACACAAAUUCUCUCAACUAAGGCAACCGACCUGUUUUCUGAAACCACAGGAGAAAAAUCCCAGGGAUAGAUUUUAUGAACAGCUGUGUCUGCUGCAUACAUGUGCCCCGGUCGGAAGGCCAAGUGAUGACUUCUGGUCUGGUGGCUUGAGUUAACAGGUGGUGUGUUGCCACCCGACUCCUUGUUUAAUGACAGAGAUCUGGGAUGUUGAAGUCCAAAAGGAAAGUGCCUGUCCCCGGGGCUGGAGCACAGGGCUCACCCCUGGAUGAGAACUUCCCACCACUCUCCCAGAGGGUGUGCCUGGAGAACUGGAAGGCCUGUGCUGGCACUCUCCCCUGCCCCCAGAAUGCACUCUGGGAAUGUGCUGGUGGGGAAAGCUGUUGAGAACCAUUUCUUCAUUGUCCCUUCUCCUUUGGAAGGACCUGCUGCAGCUCAGCAUGUAUGUCUAUGUGAUGUAUAGUUCCUAUUAUCACAUUAAUCUCAAAAGAGAUACAGGUAUCUAAGUGUUCACAGGAAGCAGGGUGGGGAGCCAAUCGCACAAUGCGUGUCACCGCACUGAAUGCAUCUCUGAGAGCUGGCACCAUAUUCUGAUGUGUAUGCUGUGUUGGUUUGCAGAGACAGUGGUGGUAAUGAAUUCUCCUAGGAUAGGCUCUUUGGAAUGUCUUGUUUUAGAAAAACAAUUUUGGGUACGUACAUUGGCUGGAAAACCAGAGUGGACCCAGCCACCGCUUCUUGCCCUGAGGUUUGGAAGCUGAGCUUUUUAGAGACAAUCCACCAGAAGGUGAGAAACCCCAGGCCGACAUGGGCAAAUGAAAAGGGCUAUUAAAAUUUUUACACCCUGGAAAAUUGCAGGCCUGGUGCAGCGCUCUGUCAUCCUCACCCUGGGACGGAAGGUCACCGAGCUUUGGUAGAGGACUGCGGCUGAAAAGUGCUGCCGUGAUGAUGUGAGACGAGCACUGUUCCCAGGGGCCGUCACACAGAAAACCGGUAUAAAUUAUUUCAACUGGAAAAAAAAAUCUCUUUCCCGGCUGUGUCAGAACAUGGCACACAGGAUCCCCACCUGAAACUGGUACUUUCUUCUUGGCUGCUGUCUCUGUUGUGAAAUGACUGUCCCACGCUGUACAUGGAUUUCCUGUGGACGUCUCGUCCUGUUCCUGAAGGGAAGAGAGCGCACCCUGCAAUGUGGCGUAUCCUCGGAUGCUCCGGAGACGGCAGGGCACGGCCUGGUGCCUCUUCUGCGGGAUCCCAUGGCCUCUGAAGCUCUGGGCAGGAUGUUUCCAGCCGGGCAUGCUGUCCCCAAGCCUCCUUCAGACACAGAUGCCUGUGCAAGCCGCCACCACUGGGCUGUGGUAACUGAACUUAGAGACAAUUCGGAACCCCUCAGCUCCUGAGGGGGCACAGACCAUGGAUACGAACAUUAUGUCAGGCUUGAAAUGGUCUGUGGACCGCUGCUUGACACAGGGAGUCUGGGAACUGCCUACAUGUCACCAGUGCUCUGAGUCAGGACACAGGGAUACUCUGCUGUGGCUUCUGCUGAAGCAUUCUUGGUCCUGUCUUACCAGCCACGGGCAUGGUUCAUGCCACUUGCUGCCCAGUUUCCUAGGGGCUUCCUGUGGCCCCCGUCCGUCAUUUUCCAGGUGCCUGAGGAAGAACUCUUGGCUGUCAUCCCACGGAGUCCAUCCUGCUGUAACUGGAAAGCCCACGAGAACCUGCAAAGCUCAGAGCUGAUGGCUGCUCUGGAGGCUGCAAGCUGGGACUUUCUUCCCUCUUGUCAAAGGUUUCUUUCUUGGCCCCUUUGCUUUCUUGGCCAGUCGCUGGAGAAGGAUGUACCAGGAAGUUCUGGGCAGGUCUACUCUUGGCAUCCCUAAAAAUAAAAGGCUUAGAGUCUAGGCAAUGCCACUCCAUUGUGGAGAACACGGGUCCUUUGGGUACGAGAAAGCAAAGUGUCCUCCCAAAUUAGUUUUCUUGGUUUUCAUCCUGUAGGAACAGCAUUUCUACUUUUGAAGAAUAGCUGCGAGCUGGCAGGAAAGCUUCGCAGUGGCCAGUGUGGCCUCUGGAAAGUGCCGUUCCUUCAGGUGAUCCAACUGCAUGUCCUGUCCCAGCCUCUGGCCCCUGCUGACACUGAUCCACACGACUGCCACCGGGCAGAGGGCCUGUCUUCAGCACCCCAGAGCAGCUCACUCUAACCUCUUUCCUCCUCCACUGCCCCUCCUUCCCGACUUAGUGCUUGUUCAGGUAGCCCUAGCCAUGUGGAUUACAGGCCUGUGCUGGGACAUGCAGCCGGCCCCUUCCAGGCUGGCUGUAGAAGACCCGGUGUUCUUAGAAAAGCCUAGAGUGGAGAGCAGGGACUCUUAGGAAGCGCACAAGGAGGGCAAGGCUCUGGCAGACGUUUCCACUGUCCUGAGAGUGUGUUGUAUUUUUUUAUUGUUGGUGAUUUUUUUUUUAACUUGUUAACGUGUAGCAAUGAGCCUCCGUGCUUACGGGGUGCUGUGGCCUUGCUCUUCCCCACUUGCUUCUCAAAGCUGGGAUGUAUUCCAGAGCUCAAUGUUUUUACUCCAACCACAGAAAGGUUUUCUUUAAGUAGCGUGUGCAGUCACGCUUAUGCCUGAGUUGUCUGGGGCAGAGGCAAAGAUCUGAUUUCGUUCUUAGCCCCAAGCUGCCAUUUCUGAGUUUUUUGAGUCCUUGAGGCUGGAAAGGCACCUGAGCAAGAAGGGACACAGCUGUAGCUCUGCACUGCCCUUCUCACUGUGACUAGGCAUGAGUGCCCCUCACAUUGGAAGGAACUUGCUCAGGCCUGCUUGUAUUUUUUUGUGUGGCCUCAGCGCUCCAUCACCGGCCUCUUUAAGUAACAGUAGUUACAGCGCAGAGCAACUUCCCGAGUGGGUAGAAGUCCACACACCAGGAGGGGGGCAGCCGUGAAGAUGCGGCAUUGCAGGAGGAGGGGAACGUGUGGCUGCAUGGCUAUUGCCCUAGAAGCAUCCCUGCAAGUUGCCUGUGUUAACGCAAGAGAUGUUCAGCAUUCUGCCUUUUUCAUAUUUAUGUAACAGUUCCUUAAAACCAUUCAGGUGGAUAACUAAUUGCUUAAAGACAGCUGUAACGGUCUCUCCCCCAGGACAGUGACUCGGCAGAGCUGAGGUGCAGCCAGUCCUGGACACUGGUGGAGGCUGCGGGUGCUCGGGACCUACAAGAAUCAGAGCAGACUGGGCCAGCAAAUAGAAACACGCACCAUCAUGCUGCCCUGUCAAGCCCAGCCCUGCCAUAGCUUGUCCUCCGCACCAAGGCUUCUCCCUCUAGCCGUGGAACUUCACAUGAAAAUUGGAGCCAUCUUUAUCCCAGAAGCCUUUGCUGCUGCCAGGGGAAGUGGGCUGCUGUGAACUCUUGUUUGGGGAUGCUUGGAGACUGAGGUUACCCCUCAGCCAGCCAGGCCUUUAGAAUCUUUGUAAAAAGCAUGUAUUUAUAGUGUUUUAGAUUUUUCUAACUUUUGUAUCUUACUGCGUUGUACCCCGAUGUUAAAGAGCCGUGUCCCCGAUUCUUAUUAAGCACCCUUCUAAUAAACUUUUCACUGCAAAGCUCCUGGGCUAGGAGCGCAGUCUGA